GGCAAAUUUUUUUUUUUUGUCAAACGUAUUUAAUCCUUUUAUUUUUUCUCUUCAAAUUUUGGUAUCGAGGUUCAGCACGUGGAUCUGCAGACAGGGUUUGGCAAUUGGCAUGCUUUGUUCGUUGGGAUUCCAUUUCUCUAUUUGCAAAACUGAGAGCUACUCUGCAAGCCGUCACAGGCGAGAGUGCUUUCGGACCUCAGUUCACAAUGGCUUUUCUAUUCCACAAAUUCCAAGAGGCUGUGAAAACUCUUGCAAAGAAUCCCAAGUUUGCCAAGGAUCCAAGACAACUUCAGUUUGAAGCAGACGUAAAUCGGCUGUUUCUUUAUACCAGCUACAAUCGUUUGGGAAGGAAUGCUGAUGAGGCAGAUGCAGAGGAGAUUAUUAAUAUGUCUAAUAAAGCCUCUGUUGCUGAUCAACAGAAGCAAGUCCAAGAAAACCUCCAUUCUCAAAUUAAAGGUUUUUGCAUGUCUAUGGAAGAAAUUCUUCUUCCUGAUAUUGAGAACAUAGAUGAGGCACUCAAAUCGCCUCUACAAUCAAAUGCUGCUUCUCGUCGUAGUGGCCUUAGUUUUGCCAUUGGCAGGAGCGACCAACCUACUAACCAUCCUGUUGUACCUGAAACAAGACCAUUAAAACGAGCUGAACUCUCUGAGAGAUUAAAGGACCUCAUUGGGUACAAGCUUGAUAUCAAACCAUCUCAAAUCCAACACAAGGAAGCUGGCCAAGGUUUAUUUUUAGAUGGUGAAGCUGAUGUGGGUAAAGUGGUAGCCUUUUACCCCGGUGUAAUAUACUCCCCGGCUUACUACCGUUACAUUCCCGGAUACCCAAGAGUCGAUGCACAGAACCCUUAUCUGAUCACAAGGUAUGAUGGAAGUGUGAUCAAUGCCCAAACCUGGGGUUUUGGAGGUGAAACCCGUGAAGUUUGGGAUGGCCUAAGCAUGGCAGAAUUUAAGCCUGAUAUUGAAGGUUUUGAGAAAGGUUCAGAGCGGUUCUGGAAACUGCUCAAUGGUCCUUUGGAAGGCACACAGGUGGGAAUGAGGGGUGAUGUAUUGGAGCGGAGAAACCCAUUAGCUCUUGCUCAUUUUGCUAACCACCCAGCAAAGGGUAUGGUCCCAAAUGUCAUGAUUUGCCCUUAUGAUUUCCCAUUGACUGAGAAGGGCAUGAGAGUCUAUAUUCCAAAUAUAUUGUUUGGAAAUGCUGAAGAAGUAAAGAUGAAAAGAUUUGGCAGCUUUUGGUUCAAAUUAGGGGGUUCAGGAAAUGGUGGGUCGGAUGCCCCUGUUUUGAAGACUCUCGUUCUGGUGGCAACUAGGGCACUUUGUAAUGAAGAACUGCUCCUAAACUACAGGUUGAGCAACUCAAAGCGACGGCCACCGUGGUAUGCUCCUGUGGACGAAGAGGAGGAUCGAAGAAGAUGGAGCUAAGGUUGGCUUUAAGCCAUAACUACAUUGGAUUCCUCUCACCCUGGGUGUACUUUUUUCUGGUUUAUUAGUUAGCAAUCAUACUUUUCACUUCAGCUGUUUUGCAGCUGCAAUUGCCAACCUUGAUAAGGUACGGGGUUAAUAGCUUUAGAUGGAGAAAGCACCAAAUGCUUUAGUUUUUAUUUUAUACUUUGUUUGGAGUAACAA